AAUUAACCACUAACAAUCCGAAACUAACACACCAAAUAAAAAAAAGGUUAAACCACUUCGCAGUUGAGUCUCCACCAUUUCCUUCCCUGUAUCCUCGCACACCUCACCCCACCCCCCUCACCCACUUCCACCAUCGCCACCACUACUCGGAGGAUACUUUCGCCACCGCCAACCACCAUCACCACUACCAGAUCCUUCUCGCGCUGAAUUUGAUUUCGAAUUUUGAAUUCUUUUCGCGAUGAACGAUUUCGAUGGUCUCUUAGCUACCGAUUUCGGGUUCAAACCCCAAGGUAAAUCGGCUCCGAUGGCCGCAGCUAAAGGAUCCUCCAAUUUCGCAACCGCCAGUUCUUCACUCAACUUCGAUUUAGGUUCCAAGCCACCUCGAACCUCCAAUUCCUUCUCCGGCGGCACCGAUUCCCUUUUCUCCGACCACAAGACUCAAGAUUCCGGCGGCUUCGGCGACAUAUUCGGAGGCUCCGCCAGGUUCGCCGAUAAAUCGGACGGGCGAGGAACCUCCGACGCGGCGUUCAACCUAGACUCUAUGUUCUCCAGCUCCAGGUCCGUGAAUUUGCCGCCGGUUUACGACAAGCCGGUGUAUGACGACGACAUUUUCGACGGCGUACCUGGCCUGAAGAGCACGACGUCAUCGUCGAAGGCUGCAUAUGAGGACGUUUUCGCUGGUGCCAGCGGAGGGAGUGGAAGCGGUGGCAGCGCAUUCGAUGAUCUGCUCGGAGGAUUCGGAAAGGCGGAGCAAGAUUCGAAGAGCUCCAGUGGGAGUAGAUUGGAGAAGGAGGAUAAAGGUGUGGCAGAUUUUGAUGAAUUGUUACCUGGAUUUGGAAGCAGUAAGAGUUCUAAUGAUGGGUCCACUCCCGAUGUUGGUUUGUCAUCAGAACCUACAAUCAAUGCAUCUAAAACAGCUCCCACUGCUACAGAAGACCCAUUCAAUGUAUUUGAAUCAGCUUCUAGUCCAGUGGAUUCUACAUCAGGCCACUUUACUGACCCGUUGGAAGAAAUUAGUAAACCUAGCAGUUCAAGAAGUACAAAAAAUGAUAGGUCAUCGAAUUCAAAUGGUGUAGUUUAUGAUGAUAUUGAUCCCUUUGAUGGACUUGGACAAUCUGUGCCAGCAUUCUCAUCAGAGAGAAGUAACAGGAAGGGUAGCAGUUCCCCACCCCAAAGGUCAAAUGCAAGCACUGGUUGGACUAGAGACAAAGAAUCAGUUGAGAAAUCAUAUAUUAGGAGCCCUGAGAGACACUCACAAAACAAGAUGCAUGCUGAACAGGAGAAUGAGUUUCAUCAAGCUCCAUUUGAAGUUCCUACAUACUCAUCUAAUUCUAAUAAACCAGCACGCCACAGGUCUACGUCUCCUCCAUAUGAUAAUGGUGGUUUUAGACAGACUAAUAUUCAGGCAGAUAUGCCUCCAACAUAUGAAGAAAAUUUGGAAUCUAGUGAUGAUAUAUGGCUAACAGUAUCAGAGGUUCCCCUUUUUACUCAACCAACUGCUGCUCCGCCACCUUCAAGACCACCUCCUCCACGUCCAGUACAUAUCCACAAGUCAGGAACAGGUUCAUCUACUUCUACUACCAAUGCCAGAAAGGAUAGUCAAUUUUCGUCAUUUCCGAGUUCCGCUCGAUUUUCUCAGGUUCCUCAAUCUGCUCCUGCUGCAGCAAAGUUAUCCUCUACAUCUCCGUUUGAUGAACUAGAAGAUUUUGCCAUGGGCAGAAAUCAUGUUAAUGACGAAGACCUUGGAAAUGGUUUUCCUGAUGAAGAAAUAGAAAUGAACUCUGCUGCUGCAGCUAUGAAGGAGGCUAUGGACAAAGCCCAAGCUAAAUUUAGGCAUGCAAAAGAAGUUAGGGAGAGAGAAAGUACAAAGGCUGCUAGAAGCAGAGAAACUGUGCAAAUGGAAAAGGAUGACAGAGCUAUACUAGAAGAGAGAGAGAGGCAGGAAAGGUUAGACCUUGAGCGACAGCAGAAGGAAAGGGAGGAGAAAGAAAAAGAAAGACAGCGACUUGAGAGGGAGAGAGAAAGAGAAAUGGCAAGACAAGCUGUUGAAAGAGCUACUAGAGAAGCCCGUGAAAGGGCUGCUAUUGAAGCUCGCCAAAGGGCUGAGAGGGCAGCUGUUGGGAAAGCCAAUGCUGAAGCUCGAGAACGCGCAGGAAGGGCUGCAGUUCAGAGAGCACAAGCUGAAGCCCGUGAAAGGGCUGCUGCUGAGGCAAAGGGAAGGGCUGAAAAGGCUGCAGCUGAGGCAAGGGAAAGAGCUGAAAAGGCUGCAGCUGAGGCAAGGGAAAGGGCUGAAAAGGAGGCUAGGGACAAGGCUGCACGGGAAAAAGCUGCAGCUGAGGCACGUGUUAAAGCAGAACGUGCUGCAGUAGAAAGAGCUGCUGCUGAGGCUCGGGAAAGGGCUGCUGCAGAAGCUCGAGAAAGAGCUGCAGCUGCUGCAAGGAUGAAGCAACAAAAUAACGAAAAUGAUCUUGAAUCAUUCUUCAGCAUGGGUUCACGAGCCAGCAGUGUGCCAAGGCCUCCUAGGACUAGCUCUUCAGACUCUGUAUUUGAUGCCCAAUUUCAGUCAGAUGUAACUAGGAAAUCAACUAGUGUAUCUUCAAGCAUGAAGAAAGCAUCAUCGGUUAAUAUUGUUGAUGAUCUUUCCUCCAUUUUUGGAACUGCUCCAUCAUCAGGAGAAUUUCAGGAAGUUGAAGGAGAAAGUGAAGACAGAAGAAGAGCCAGGAUGGAACGCCACCAGAGGGCACAGGAGCGUGCGGCAAAAGCAUUGGCUGAGAAGAACCAACGGGAUCUACAAACUCAAAGAGAGCAAGCUGAGAGACACAGGCUUGCAGAGACACUGGAUUUUGAAAUUAAGCGCUGGGCUGCAGGAAAGGAGGGGAACUUGCGUGCUUUGCUCUCCACCUUACAAUAUGUGCUGUGGCCUGAAUGUGGUUGGCAACCAGUUUCUUUGACUGAUUUAAUUACAGGCGCUGCUGUUAAAAAGGCUUAUAGGAAAGCUACACUGUGCAUUCAUCCUGAUAAAGUGCAACAGAAGGGUGCCACACUUCAACAGAAAUAUAUUGCCGAGAAGGUGUUUGAUCUGUUAAAGGAAGCAUGGAAUAAGUUCAAUUCAGAGGAGCUUUUCUAAUAACAUCUUUAUUAGAAAAGGACCACAAACCUAGUAGUUUGCAUUGCUCAUCAACCUAGUCUGUUGAGAAAGGACCACAAACCCUGCUUCAGCUGUGCCCUUCCCUAUUGCAUGUUGUUUCAAUUCUGAGCUGCUGUAUUGCAUUGCAUUGAUGGAGAAACAUUGCUUUCCUUGCAUAGCCUCAAGAAGCCCCAAUGUUUUCACAGGAAAAUGGUUAAGUCUUUGGUGCCAUGGACAUUCUUCCUCGGGGGCAUGUUUUGUUUGUGUAAAAUAUUUUUCUUUCUUUCUUCUUUUUCUUAUUAGGCAUCUCUGUCAAUUUAAUUCAUUAUUUCUAUCAAACUGAGCUCAUGAGUCUCUCUCUCUCUCUCUCUCUCUCUCUCUCUCUCUCUCUCUCUCUCUCUCUCUCUCUCACUCACAUAACUUGUUAUAUAGUGAUCUACUGAAUACAUGUUAUACCAUCGUGUGGAUUGAUAUCAGAAUGUGCAAAUGCAUUACAGUCAUACAGUGUAUUAUGAUUGAGUUGAAAAAUGUCAAUUGAUCUUUUGCAUAAAACAUUACCAUUCAUUGAGCGUGUUCUAGAGUGUUCUUUGUCGUUUGGACGUGGUUUGAACUCUGAUGACUCAAUUACCUUUGGAUUAUGGAAUGGCUAAUAUUGUUUUAUUUUCAUUAGAUCUGAAAUUGUCUUCUUUCUUCUUUCAUUUUUUGGGAAACUAAAAUUGAAUUGUUUUUCUAAUGCAUUGUUUGGACGUUGAAAAGAAGGUAGGGAAUGUGAAAAAUGAUCCUUUAUCUUUUCUAUUGACUCAAACCGAGGAAAAAUGAGGGGCGUGUCCAUUCUGCAACUCCCUUUAAUCCUUGCUAUGGGGCAAGGUUAUUCGAACUUUAUACCAGGUUUCUUUUAAUUUUCUGGUUGUGUUAAAUGUUUCCCUCCUAGCAUUACUUUUGUCAUUUGUGGUUGUUUAGAGCAUGCUGCAUGCCUGUAUAUUAUAUAAGUCAGAACGAACAAGCCAAUUCGACUUGCUCUUAGUAUAUAUUAACCGGUAUUAAUCAAUUGGCUUGGUCACUUCUCAGUUCUCAGUGCAUGUUUUGAUUGGCAUAGGAAGUUACUUAAUCAAUUAUGUGCAUCUUUGAUGAUGAUGGGUUUUUCGGUCAGUCAGAAUUUCGUAAUUGAUCAUGAAUAAGUUAUAGGGUGUUUAUAAGACAUUUAUUUUAUUUGUCUGCUCUUUGAAUUUAAAUUUCAAUCUCCUUUACAUUUACAAAAUAGGAAAUUUAUUAGUCUUGAAGAUAACUUCAAAGUUGACAGCAAUGAUCCUAGUAGCAAUUUGGGUGGGAAUUGAGCCAAGUUAAGCCAAGCUCGGGUUCAGCUUACGACUCAACACAUUAAUAGUCGAGUCCAUUUCUAGAGUUUAAGAGGUGAAUAGUCGAGUCCAUUUCUAGAGUUUAGGAGGUGAAUAUGGAUUCGAUCGGAACAAAUAUGGCCAAAAUUUUAAUUCGACGUGUAUUAA